UCUCUUCAUUCCUCUUCAACGACAACUGGAUCAAUCCAAAACACAAGGUACCUCUUUUCAAAUCUACGACCUGAGAACCUUCCCCCACCGCCAAAAUGGUCAAGACUUCCGUCCUCAACGAUGCGCUUAACGCCAUCAACAACGCCGAGAAGGCCGGAAAGCGCCAGGUCCUCAUCAGACCUUCCUCCAAGGUCAUCGUCAAGUUCCUUACUGUCAUGCAGAAGCACGGCUACAUCGGAGAGUUCGAGGAGGUCGAUGACCACCGCUCCGGCAAGAUCGUCAUCCAGUUGAACGGCCGUCUCAACAAGACCGGUGUCAUCUCCCCCCGCUACAACGUUGGUCUCGGUGACCUCGAGAAGUGGGUUGUCAAGCUCCUGCCCGCCCGUCAGUUCGGUUACAUCGUCCUGACCACCUCCGCUGGCAUCAUGGACCACGAGGAGGCCCGCCGCAAGCACGUUGCCGGCAAGAUCAUCGGUUUCUUCUACUAGAUUAUCGGACUGGAAACGGCGUUUUGGAGUAUCAUGAGCAAGCAAUGCAUCGGACAUCAAAAGGAUAUAUCCCGGGAAUGGAAAGUCUUUGGGCGUUGGUUCCAAUGUAUGAAUCUGUAGAGGGAUAAGCGGCAAAAGCUAGAUAGCCGUGCAUAUAAAGACAAUUAAAAGCUCAUGAUCCCC